AUGUCUAUGUCACUGGAGCAUGAUUACAUAGGCUUAUCAGAGUCUGCUUCUUCAAUGGAAAGCUCUGACAAGUCUGCUGAGAGGGACAGAGGGACUGCUCUGAACCUCAAAGCCACUGAGCUGAGGCUGGGCUUGCCAGGCUCUGAGUCCCCAGAGAGGGAUGGUGGUGGUGGGUUAGUGGAGGAUAAGACUGGGUACUCAGUAUGUGUGGUUAAAGGCUUGGUCUCUGGGGCCAAGAGGGGCUUCUCUGACGCCAUUGAUGGAGCUUCCGGGAAGUGGAUUUUCUCUGGGAGUGGUGGAUCUGAGGUUGAUAUGGGUAAAGGUGGUAACUUGCUCUCUCCCAGAGGUGUUAAUGGUGGGAAAGCUCUUGCUGGGUCUGACUCUAACAACCAACCAACAAGUUUAGCUGUCUCAGCCGUGAAAGAUGGUGCACAACAGUCUCCAAAGCCAUUGCAUGAGAAGAAGCCCCAGGUUUCUGCUUCUGCAGCAAAGGCACAGGUUGUAGGAUGGCCACCAAUUCGUUCUUUCAGGAAGAAUUCAAUGGCUUCCGUUCCUCCAAAAAAUGAUGAUGAUGCAGAAGGCAAGAUGGGACCAGGGUGUCUUUACGUUAAAGUCAGCAUGGAUGGUGCACCAUACCUGAGGAAAGUCGAUCUCAAAACAUAUGGCAGCUAUGUGGAGUUAUCUUUGGCUCUGGAAAAGAUGUUUAGCUGCUUUACAAUUGGUCAAUGUGGCUCACAUGGAGUUUCAAGAGAUGGACUGAGCGAGAGCCGGUUAAUGGAUCUCCUAAAUGGUGCUGAAUAUGUCCUCACCUACGAAGAUAAGGAUGGAGAUUGGAUGCUAGUUGGUGAUGUUCCGUGGGAAAUGUUCACUGACACAUGCAAGAGGAUGAGGAUCAUGAAGAGUUCAGAGGCCAUAGGGCUAGCUCCGAGGGCCGUGCAGAAGUGCAAAAAAAGUAAUUAG